CAAGGAAAAAAGAGAGGACGGGUAACACUCAUUUAACACACACGUUCCAAAAGUGAAGCCAGUUUUUGGUUUGUUUGUCACCAGAAACAUGGCGGUCACGUCAAAAAUAACAAUGGGUUGCCAGUGGUGGGUGUUCUUUGAAGGUUAAAAUUUCAUAAAAGAUAAAGUAAAUCAUCAUCUAAAAUUCGUAAUAAAAACAUAUGUAUGUAUUGAAACAUAUGUACGUAAUAUAAGCAACUUAAUAAAACAUUUACCGUACACAAAUUCUUCAUUUUAAAUACAUUUCAUGUUUUUAUUUUAAAUACUCAAUGCAUAACAAUACCCCAAAGAUACGUCGAUGAUCAAAAUCUCUGUGCGCUUAUUCUUGAAUCGAGAGAAAAUUUUACUCCCCACUAAGCUAACUCACUUUUCUACUCCCUCAUAAUUUCUCUCGAUUCUAAAAAGCUGUAUUCUUGAAUCGAGGGAGUAGAAAGGGAUAAGAGAAAUUGUGAGCAGUGUUGCCGGGUGUUUAUUGAAAAUUUUAACCAAUCACAAGAGUUAAUUAUUGACAAAUGACAUGAUACCGUCAACAGUCAAAUUCAAAUUCAACCUUCAUUGCCAUUCUCCAUUUAUUUUAUUUGUUUACGUAUACAAACAAAGAAGGAACUGUUGUUUUCUUUCUUUGCAUUUGCAUUGCAGUUGUUUAUUUUUUGUAGACGAGGACAACGUGAUCAAAAAGUUGCAAAUAUUUGUAUUAGCAGGUAUUUUUAGAAACAUGACACAUAUAACUGCGGAACAAAAGGAAAUCAUGUUAGACUUCAUCAAAUCCAGGCCAAGGUUAUAUGCCGGGAAAUUUUCGCCAGAAUUUACCCGGCAACAAUCCCAAUCGCUAUGGCAGGAAUUGGCUACCAUAUUAAACUCGCACUCGAAUGGCGCCAAAAAAGAAUGGAGUGCUUGGCGCAAGACCUGGAUAGAUAUAAAAAAAAAUUGCAAGGCAAAAGCGGCCAGACAAAAGAAAUAUCAGAUGGGUACUGGAGGAGGGCCCUCUCAAUCUGAUGGUAAUAAUAUGGACGUAUUUGAAAGUAAUGUAAUAGGGCUUAUGAGCCCUGUAUGUAUAGCAGGGAAUGUGGAGGUACCUGAGCCAAGCAUAUCUCUGGAUGAAUCAUUCUCCACUAUAAUUAGUGAAGAUAUUGAAAAUAUAGAGCAUGACCAAAAUCCAUCUACAGCCACACAAGGAGAAGGAGCAACUGUAGAACCAGAGGUUGAAAAAGAGCCGUCAACCUCAGCCAAAAGUAAACGCAAAACAAAAACCCAAAGGCUGAAGGAGUCGAUACAAAACCAUGCAAAACUCGUUCAAAUUGCACGAACCGGUGUAAUGGACACAAAAACUUAUAGAGAAAAAAAACUACAAAAGAUGAGUGAGCACACCGAUGCAAUUAAAGAAUUAACAAGUGUGCUAGCAACAGUUGCUAAGGGGCUCACUAAUAUUGAGGGGCUCUUAAAUGAAUUAAUCUAAAAUUUAUAUUUUUAAUUAAAUUUCUAAAUUAUACAAA